AUGGAACAACCUCAACACAAUUCACUUAGUAUGAUAGAACAAUUACUAAAUAAGAAUAGCAGUAAUUCUAUUAGUACUAUUGAAGAAAAAGAAGAAAUACAAGAUAACCAAAAAGAAAUACAGGAAGAAAAGGAAGAAAAAACUGAAGAUAUAGAAAAAUCAACGAAAGAAACAGGCAAAACCAAUUUGAAUUCAAAAGUUACAGUUGAUUCAGUUAUUCCAAUAUACAAUUCUACAACCACAAACAACCCACGCAGAGCGCCUCAUCCUCAAGGAUAUUAUACUCAACCACCACUUGCUCUUUACAUAUGUUGUCUAAUGAAUAAUGGAUGA